UGCUUAUCUGGUGGAAACCACAUAUCGUCUGAAAACAGUAUAACCAUGACUAUUCAGCUCACCUUCCUCUUGUCUCUUUUACUACUGUCCUUGAUAUUUGCCGAAGAACACCCCAAAAAGCUACGAUCAUCUUCUCCCCAUGGCCUAUUCUUUGAAAACCCCAUGCCAUUCCCGCCCUCGGCGUAUGACUUCUUCCAUCCAAAUGCCAAUGGGGCAAUACCGGCGACUGCACCACUGUCUUCGCUCUACCCUGGUAAGACAUCAUCAAGGGCACGAGCAGAUGCAGUAGUGGCUACGAGCUUCUUCUCAGUCCCUUCCAGCCAUCAUGCGAUAGGGAUAGCGGCUGCUGGCGUUGCUGCUCUGGUAGUUGGACUUGGACUUGUAGUGCUUGUGGUCAUGAUCACUUCAUUUUUCAUUAUCAAGUGCCGUGCCGAAACUAAGAAGACUAAUUCCACCAAUGUUGCAUGAGGCAAGGGAUAAAACUCCAAGGCGUGUUCAUGCUAGCAUUCAAAUCCAGCAGCUUGUUGAAAUGUGGGAAGUUUGCAGGUUGUGAUGCUUGAGUUUGUCGCAGAUGUUUUUGUUGAGUAGCGUUGUUAUAACUUUGCAAGAUUAUCAACUAUCUGAGCUCUUGCGAGUGUACAUA